AUGCCUAAAUCCAGCCAAACCCCUUAUAAAGCAAAACCAUCAUCCAAGACUGAAGCCAAAUCCAAUAACAUGAAGCCCAAAUCAAAGAAAAUUGUCAAACCUUCCAUUGUACCUACACCAUCAUCCCCUGUUCCUGCUCCUCUCACCAUCCCUACUUCCACUGGGCCUUCACUUCAAAAACCAACCACCCAUGCAUAUGUGCCUACUUCGAAAAAUACCUCUAAGUCUACCAAGAUCAAGGCUACUCUAAGAAAAUCUGUCAAGAGUGACAAGGUAGUGCGUGAUGCUGCUACUAAAGUAGACACAAUGGUUAAGGAAGCUGUGGUUCAGGGGGAACCAGUGCAAGUUAUUACAAGUCAGGUAAAACCCCCUCCCUCAAAAUUAGAUGUUCUGGCAUCUGCUAUAGGUGUUGCACCCUUAGAUACUGUCCUACCCACAAGUGAUAAACCACAAGUUGAGGAACCCACUAUAGAAAAGAAUGUAGCAUCUCUAGAGAAAGGAGUAGAUACCACUACAGUUAUGCCUAUGGUUGAGGGGGAAGGCAGUAAAGAACCAACACAAAAAGAGGCAUCUAAUGGUCUUUCUUUCAAUUGGACAGAGGAUGAGGAUGAUAAUGGAGGUGAAAAAGAAGAAGGGGUAGUGGGCAGUCAUGAGGGAUAUCCUACUCAGGACAUUUCUAAUGAAGGGAAAAAGAAAAAGAACAACAAAGAAGAGGGUCAGUCUGAGAGUGAAGGUGAGGAUCAAGAAAAGGCAAGUGAGAGUGAAGGAGAGGAUAAAGAAAGUGAGGAAGAGAAUGAGAAUAUGAGUGGGGAAUUUGAAGGCUCUAUGACUAUUGGAAACACUGUCAUAGCCCCUUCAGAAGAAGCAAGUGGACUGAAGAACUUGGGCCCUUGGAAGAAACUCAGGAAGACUCCUGUGAAAGAAACAAAUUAUGUCGUCCCUACAAGGAAAGAAGUAGCUCCUCCUUCCAGGACUCCUCUCACAAGGAGUAAAAGAAAGGUUGUUGAUGAACAAAUCAUUAAGGAGUCCAGAGGUGCCAAGAAGCCAAGGAAGCAAGUUUCAGUUGUGGAACCUGUAGUUGAGUUGAAUGGAGAAGAUGAGUCUGUUUCUACUCUGCCAGAAAAGUCAUCAACAUAA